UUUAGAUCAGACAAAAAGAAACCAGGAAGUAAGGAGGAAUUAUUACAGUCUGUACAGCUCAGGAUGUUAAAGGCGAUAACCUCCACGGCCUGGUUAUUCAUUAGCAAAAAGGAAAGCUCCCGGGGAGCGCGGCGCUGGUGCAGCUGCAGGCUUGAAGCAGAGCGUAAGCAGCUGGAGCAGGCGAGGCCUGGAGCUCUGGCUGGGAGUUAGUCUUAGUCUCUUGCUAACUUUUUCUUGGGACAGAGGGAGAGGUGGCUGUUCUUUGUUCUCAGCUGUCCCUCUAAAGAAAAGCCUUUUUAUUUUAUUUAUCUUUGGGUGCCCUAGCAGUCAGGAAGAAGCACCUUCCCACUGGACCUCCCGCCCAGGCCCAGUCCCAGUCCCCUCUUGAUUUUGCCCCAGGGCGGCAAGCUACAAACAGAAAGCCAGCUGGGAGUCUGUUCUUGGCCAAGCCCUGAUCUGCCGGAGAGAUCCUCCGAAGCUGGGAUUCUUUAAGCUCGCUCUCCUCAGUAUGGCGAGUCGCAACUGAAUUGGAGGCUGGCUGCCUGGUGGAGGAAGACAGUGUAUCUGUACAGCGCGUGGGGAGAGGGUCAUCCUCUCUCCUCCUCCCAGCCAGGACACCAUGGGCAGCGUCUGUGUGAGGCUCUGGGCAUACCUGCAGCCUUUUCUUCCCUGCUGGUCCCAAGAGGCAGACAAGUCAGUGGUGAUUGAGAAUCCAGGGGCCUUCAGUCCUCCGGAGGCUCCCAGGUCCCAGGAGCCCAAGAGAAGCCAUGGUCCCUACUUUGUGGCUCUCUUUGAUUACCAAGCUCGUACUGCGGAGGACCUGAGCUUCCGGGCAGGCGACAAACUCCAAGUCUUGGACACUUCGCACGAGGGCUGGUGGUUGGCCAGACACUUGGAGAAGAAGGAACCCGGCUUGGGUCAGCAGCUGCAGGGCUACAUUCCUUCUAAUUACGUGGCGGAGGACCGGAGUCUCCAGGCAGAGCCGUGGUUCUUUGGCACAAUCAAAAGAGCAGAUGCGGAAACGCAACUACAGUUUUCAGAAAACCAGACGGGCGCCUUCCUCAUCAGAGAGAGUGAAAGCCAGAAGGGGGACUUCUCCCUCUCAGUUUUGGAUGAAGGUGUUGUGAAACACUACAGGAUAAGACGACUGGCUGAAGGUGGCUUUUUCCUCACCAGGAGGAAAGCCUUUUCAACCUUGAAUGAAUUCGUGAGCUACUACACUACCACAAGCGAUGGCCUGUGUGUCAAGCUGGAGAGGCCAUGCUUAAAGGUACAGGUCCCAACUCCUUUUGAUUUGUCAUAUAAGACGGUGGACCAGUGGGAGAUAGAUCGCAACUCCAUACAGCUUCUGAAGAGACUGGGAUCUGGCCAGUUUGGAGAAGUUUGGGAAGGCCUGUGGAAUAACACCACGCCAGUGGCUGUGAAAACAUUAAAACCAGGUUCAAUGGAUCCGAAUGACUUCCUGAGGGAGGCGCAGAUAAUGAAGAGCCUAAGACAUCCAAAGCUUAUCCAGCUUUAUGCUGUUUGCACUUUAGAAGAUCCAAUUUAUAUUAUUACAGAGUUGAUGAGACAUGGAAGUCUGCAAGAAUAUCUCCAAAACGAUGCUGGGUCAAAAAUCCACCUGACUCAACAGGUGGACAUGGCGGCACAGGUAGCUUCUGGAAUGGCCUAUCUGGAGUCCCAAAACUAUAUUCACAGAGAUCUGGCUGCGAGAAAUGUCCUUGUUGGGGAACAUAAUAUCUACAAAGUAGCAGACUUUGGACUUGCAAGAGUUUUUAAGGUAGAUAAUGAAGACAUCUAUGAAUCCAAACACGAAAUAAAGCUGCCGGUGAAGUGGACCGCACCUGAAGCCAUUCGUACUAAUAAAUUCAGCAUUAAGUCCGAUGUGUGGUCUUUUGGAAUCCUUCUCUAUGAAAUCAUUACUUACGGCAAAAUGCCUUACAGCGGGAUGACGGGUGCUCAAGUAAUUCAGAUGUUAAGUCAAAACUACAGACUACCCCAACCAUCUAACUGUCCACAGCAAUUCUACGGCAUCAUGCUGGAGUGCUGGAAUGCAGAGCCUAAACAACGGCCAACGUUUGAGACCCUGCACUGGAAACUUGAAGACUACUUUGAAACAGACUCCUCAUAUUCAGAUACAAAUAGUUACUCAACAUGAACAGCAAAGAAAAGGAAGAAAAGUAAUGAAGAUGUGAAAAAAAUUGGAAUCAUCAGUCCAGAGAUAGUCUUAUCAAUCAACUGUGAAAUCAGUUUAUUUUGACAUAUUCAGGUGGUAGGAUGAACUCAGGCGUGCAUUAUAUAUAAAGAGAUUAUUUGUGUAUUUUAUUGACAAGAAAACACUGCAGGAUAGUAUACAAUGAUAUGUCAUUUUUUUUUCCCCGCACUGCCUGGUAAAAUCAAACACAUGAAAUGAAGUUAUUUUUUCUUUUAAGAGCUACUCACAUUUCUAUUUAUUGUUUGAAAUGCAGAUCAAAGAGAAUCAACAGAUGAUAGAGUUUACUCAGUAACUGUCGUAGCAUUUUCCUGUUUACUGAUUAAAGUGCUUAGUCAUUAUUCCUCAAAUUUCUGAGUCCCAUCAGCUUGUUAUUAUGAAGGAAUUUGAUUGCUUUGCCGCACAGCAGGACCUGUGCUUUGAAAUUUUUUUUUUUCUCUUUUAAAAUAUCCUUUAACUACAAUGAUGGCAAAGCCAUGGUAAACGACUUGAUUGUACUUGAAGUAAUUGCACAUAUUUUUUUCCCUAUGCAUAAGAAAAUGAAGCAGCUGUUGAGAAAAAGAAUUAAAAUCUUUCUCAUUUUGUAGAAGGAAAUGAUGGAGUUUUUCUAUACCUCAGUAUGUGUCAUCAGAGAAUCAUCUGCAUUAGUUUUAAUCUCUUAAUGUCGGCAAUCAGGUUGCAAAGCUGAUGAAUUUGUUAUGUAUGGGGUUAUAAGGAAACCACCACAUUGCCCACCAGGUCUGAGAAAUAGGUAUUAAAGUGGUUUAGGGAAGCUAGCAGAGAGCUGGAGGAUUGCUGCAGCUUUCUAAGUAAUAAUAAAAAGUUCCUUUGGCACACAGACCAGUUUUAAAUUGGCUGCAAAACAGGCCAAGCCCUGCUUUAGCUCUCGAGGCUAACAAUAAUGUCUGAAUGUGGUUAUAAACUCUUGAUUUUGUCUGUUAAGACACGAAGCUUUUUAAUAUCUUAAUUUUUUUUUCUAAUCCUGGCAAAGCACUUCUCUGUUUUCUUAGGCAAUGAGUGUAUCAAAUGUUCUGCCUCAUCAGAUGGUGAGCAAGACUUCUCCAAAGUGAUGUCAAAGUCAGCUCUCUAUAGUCCAAGACCUAAUGCACAGCACUGAAUGUCCAUUCCAAGAGGAAACAUGGUAUAUCAAGUUUACCUUUCAUCCUUCCUUAACAGAGAUGGUCACAAAAAAACCCUGGCAAUUAAAAAAAAGUAAAUUCUUUCAACUAGAAACUAGGAGGCAAGGCACCAGGGACUAACCACUAGGCAUUUGGUGAUGUCACUGACCUAGUUGCUAUGGUAAAAAUCCUGACAAAAAACAACUUAGAGGAGACAGGGUUUAUUCUAGCUUACAGUUCCGGGUCAGUCCAUCACUUCCCACCCACAUCUAAGAGGUGAGAGAAAUAAGUCUAUGCACACAAGGCUUGCUUGCCUACUUACUUGUACUCAGGUCAACUUCUACACUCUUAAAAAAGUCUGGGACCCCUUUGCUUAGGGAAUAGUAUGUCACACAAUGGGCUGGAUCUUCCCAGAUCAAUUAACUUAAUUAAGACAAUUCUUGACAGACAUGCCUGCAGGCUAAUCCAAUAUAGACGAUUCAUCCUUGCAACUCCUUUUCCAGGGGACUCUAGCUUGUGUGGAAUAGUCAAUUAUAGCUAGCCAUCAGGCCACUCAAG